AUGCUCAAACUCCUGAUCAUAUUGAGCGCCUGUUUUAGCCUGUCCCUAGCGUUCUGGGCGCCCAAUGACGCCCGAUUGCUGGACGACGGCGAGGCAGUGCCCAAAGCCUGGGUCCGGGACGCCGGAUCUGAGGAGGAACAGGAACAGGAAGCUCAGCAGCUGUUCACUGAGGAGGAGAUGCAGGAGGUGAAUGAGACGUUGGCCACUUUUAACUCCGCCAACUGCGGCAUCAAGAACGGCCCUCGAGACCUCGGUCUAAUCGUCGGCGGAUCUGAGGCGCCGGCCAACGCCUGGCCCUGGGCCGUCGGCCUACUACGUUACGGUAACUUCAUUUGCGGCGGGACGAUCCUCAAUGAGCGGUACAUCAUCACCGCCGCGCACUGCGUCUCCCGAGGGGGCGUCACCAGCCCUGCUUCGAAUUUUCAGGUUCUAGUUGGGGCCCACACGCUUGGCUCCAGCGGUCAGCUGUUCAACGUGGAGCGAGUACAGGCGCACGAGUCGUACAAUGAAAAUCUGAUGCAGAAUGACAUUGCCCUGCUGCGCCUGCGAAGCUCCAUUAACUUUGCCUCCUUUGGAAAGCGCGCCCGACCGGUCUGUCUGCCGCCGCCCAGCCUUGAUUCGGGCAAUCGGAAUUUGGUCGGUCGAAUGAGCACCGUCGUCGGUUGGGGCACCACCCGAGAAGGCGGCUCCAUCAGUCGAACGCUGCAACAGGUGCAGAUUCCCAUUAUCAGCAAUGCCGAGUGUGCGCGCAAGUACAACAGCGCUACCGUGCGGGAGGGGCAGAUUUGUGCCGCCUAUGCUGCGGGUGGGCGUGACUCGUGUCAANGCUCCAUCAGUCGAACGCUGCAGCAGGUGCAGAUUCCCAUUAUCAGCAAUGCCGAGUGUGCGCGCAAGUACAACAGCGCCACCGUGCGGGAGGGGCAGAUUUGUGCCGCCUAUGCUGCGGGUGGGCGUGACUCGUGUCAAGGCGACAGUGGAGGCAGUCUGACGCUGGCCGAUGGCGGAAAAUUUUAUCAACUGGGCGUGGUCAGCUGGGGCAGCGGUUGUGCCCGACCAGGCGCCCCGGGCGUGUACACCCGGGUCAGCAAGCAGCUGGCGUGGAUUGCCCGCAAUACUAAACAGUAG